AAUUAUUUGAAUGAUUUGUUGAAACAAAAUUCUUAAAGUUGAAAUUAUACAAUUGCUCGCCGCUAGCUCAUUGGGUUAUUACUUAGUCAGCGCUACUACUAACAUCAGAAACCACUCAAGCGUGUGUACCUUAACACUACGCUCGCCGCUAUCAGCUAAAAUUUCGGCGUUCAACGCCUCUGAGACCGGGCGUCAAACAACAAAAACAUACUUAUCACCGAACAUAAACUCACAAGACGCCACAGCUACCAUUGCGUUUGACUAAGCAGCGCGUCUGCUAAGCCGCGACGCCAACGCCUGCGCCAGUUGAACGUCGAUCGUUGAUCGUCUUUUAGCGCAUUCAUCAACAAGCGAAGCGAACUUGCAAGGCUCCCAAAUAGCAAAGCAAAUUUCAGUUGACUCAAAUGUGCCGACGGAUGUGGAAGUGUAAAUACGCCAUACUUGUGCAGUACUUUUAAACCGUUGAAUUUGAAAAGCGCACAUCAAAAACUAACGCCCUCAAUUGGAGUGUGUACCCUAGAAGAGUGCGCAUAAAAACAAACAAACGUGAAGCGUAAAUUGUUUACAAUUACAGUUACCAACCGACAACAAAAGCAAACACACAUCACAUAACAUGUCGAAUGCGAACAGCGAGGAAGCGUUCAAUAUACGCAUUGGUUACUUGAAACCCGAAACGGUAGAGAUCGCCAAAAAUGAGCUGCGCGAGACACCCGAAGUCAAAGAGGCCGCUAUCAAGGAGCUGCGCGAACUCCUGCAUGCUGCCACAGAUAUUAAUUACAAAGAUGACGAUGAAUUUCUAGUGAUAUUCCUACGUGCUUGCCACUUCUAUCCACAGAGCGCGCUCGAAAAGAUGCGCACAACAGCCGCUUUCCGCAAAGAUAAUGCCGCCCUUGUCCAUGGUCUACUCAUCGAACAGCUCAAGGAUAUAUUCAUACAAUACGGUAUUGUGAAUGUGUUGAAGAAUUGCGAUCAGCAUGGACGUCGUGUUAUGAUUGUGAAUUGUGGUGAACUAUGGGAUCCCGCUGCGGUGCCGUCCGAUGAUGUUUUCCGCAUGUUGUAUAUGGUGCACAUUGCCGCCCAACUCGAGCCGGAAACACAAGUGCGCGGUGUCGUCUGUAUAAUGGACUUUGACGGUCUGUCAAUGAAGCAGGUCAAAGCUCUGUCGCCCACUUUCUCGAAACGUCUACUCACCUUUAUACAGGAUGCUAUGCCGCUGCGCAUGAAAGAGGUGCAUUUUGUGAAACAACCUUUCAUCUUUAAAUUGGUGUGGGCGCUCUUCAAGCCAUUCGUUCGCGAGAAGCUCAACAAAAGGAUGCAUUUCCACGGUAGCGAUAUGAAGUCACUGCAGAAGUUCCUCUCGCCCGAAAUCCUGCCCGAAAACUACAAAGGUACACAACCGAAAAUCGAUUACGGCGGCGCCGAUUGGUUCACGCCGCUAGAGAAGCAUGCCGAUUUCGUUAGAGAAUGGUCUGAGCUGGGUCCAGCGAAGUGGUAAACCAAUGAGUAUCACAGCGUGCAAUACUUGCUACAACCAAAGGCUGUACAUUCCUUCUCUCUAUCUCCCUCUCUCUCUCUCGCGCUUGCUUGAAGAACAAAAACUAAACAAAUGCAAAAAUUUGUUUGUUGGAAAAAAAAUACAUUAAACGCCGGCUUUUGCUAAAUACGCGUCUUUUUCACAUACACAUGUAAUUACUAAGCAUUAUUCCAUUUUUUUCUAUUAUACUACAAUUUAGUGUAAAUAAAAGUGUUACAAAAUAAA